UUGUAAUUGCAUGAUGUUUUCAUUGUUCGUGUUGCUUUGUGGUUAUAUUUUUCCAUUUCAGGAAGAUAGGAAAAAGAAUGAGAACAGUGACAAGAGUAGACUCAAGAAGGAUGUUGUACCCUCAGUCUUUCCUUUUCGUCAAGAAGCUAUUGUUAGCCCAAGAGCAUUGAGGAUGAAAUCCAGGGAUCAUGGAGAUUUGGUCAGUAAAGACACGUCUAUGGAAGGUAUUGAAAAUGGCAUACAGUAUGAGGUUGAAAUUGAGGCAACAAGUAAUGAUCAUCCUAUUGAAGUAACAGAUGAGUCAGACAUAGGCAAGGUUGCUGAGGAUAAGAAUGUUCAGUGUCAAUUGAUGGGUGACUACUCCAUUGAAAAUUUCAUUAAUAACCCCAAAGCAGUAUCCUAUUACACAGGAUUUAGUUGUUAUGAUCAUUUCAUAUUCUUGUUUCAUUCACUUGGCCCUGCUGCUUAUGAAUUGAACUAUAAAUGUGUGAAACUUAAUCCAAAACAUCAAUUGUUUCUUACUUUGAUGAAAAUUAGACGUGGAAAGGAAGCUUUCGAGCUUUCUUUACUUUUUAAUAUUUCCGAGUCUACAGUAUCCAGAACCAUUAAUACUUGGAUAAACUUUUUAUAUUUUCAAUUGAAAGAUCUUGAUAUUUGGCCUUCAAGACAAGUUGUCGAUGAUUAUAUGCCUGUGGAUUUUGGAAGGAAAUUCCCAACUACAAGGGUUAUUUUAGAUGCAACAGAAAUUCCAAUCCAAAAACCAUCUGAUGUUAACAACCAGAGUGUUACAUGGUCUUCGUACAAGCAUAGAAAUACCAUCAAAACUAUGGCUGGUUGUACCCCGGUGUCUUAUGUUUCAGACUGUUAUGGUGGGUCAGUCAGUUACAGACAAAUUAUUGAAAAUUCACACCUGCUUGAAAAUGAAAUCUUUGAUUCUGGUGACAGCAUUAUGGCAGAUAGGGGUAUCAUGGUGCAAGAUCUUUUUGCAAACCAAAAUGUAUUUGUGAAUACACCAACCAUGCUGAAAGGGAAGUCCCAAUUAGAACCAGAGGAAAUUAUAAAAGACCGUAGAGUGGCAUCUAAGCGUAUCCACAUUGAGCGAGUCAUUGGAUUAAGCAAGAGAUUUAAAAUUUUAAAAUCUGAACUAUCAAGUAGUAAAUUUCCUCUAAGUAACAGAAUUGUAUUUGUAUGCUUUGCUUUAUUGAAUUUCAAGAAUGCCAUUGUGGAUAAAUUAGCAUAA